AAUCAGCCAACCUAUAAUCUGACAGAUGCAGCCCUAUCGCCGCUGUCCGCACUGCGUCUUGAGUCUUGACCGCUGUGCGUUGAUAACGUCCAGUCAGAUGUGAGGACGUCCUGCUACGGCCCCUGCCUGGAGAUAGCCAAAGAGGUGCUCAAACAGUCACCAAAGAGCGCUUUACCUUAUAAGAUGUACCACGUCACCCGCCCACCGUGACGGAGACGAGGGGAGACGGGGCACAGACAGGCACGCGCCGCCGGUUUCGAAGUCGGUUUCAAUCCCAUCUUUCUUUUCGUCCCAUCUUCCCGCAUCUUUUCUUUCCCCUUUCUUCCCUUUUUUCUACGCAACUGAAAGCUCGGUAUAAGGGCUGAUCGCAACCAUAUCUCUAACACCACAAUGGCGCCGUCUCCGGAACGCAGGCCGUUGUUGGCCUCCGACGACCAGUCUCCCGAUGGCCGGGACGACCGCGACAGCGAUAAUGCCGCUCCCAGGUCACGAUGGCGCGAGCUUGCGCUCUUCACCUGGGCCCUCGUUGCUACCGCCGCCGUGAUUGUUCUGGCCGUGGUGAUCCAGCACAGUAACUCCACCCAACACUCGUCGACUUCACCGGCAGCGGUCUCUGACUCCUCGGUAGCCGGCGGCAAGAAGACCGGUUCCUCGUCCGGUGGCAAGCGCAACUUGGUAUUUAUGGUGUCUGAUGGCAUGGGACCCGCCUCGCUCUCUCUUACGCGCUCGUUCCGCCAGCUCACCCAGGAUCUGCCUAUCGACGAUACCCUCACCCUCGACCGUCACUUCUGGGGAACCUCCCGCACGCGCUCGAGCAACAGCUUGGUGACAGACUCUGCUGCCGGUGCCACUGCCUUCUCCUGCGGUCUGAAGAGCUACAAUGGCGCUAUCUCAAUGCUUCCUGAUCACACACCUUGCGGCACCGUUCUCGAGGCUGCCAAGCGCGCUGGGUACCACACCGGGUUGGUGGUGACCACCGAUAUCACGGACGCCACCCCUGCUUGCUUCGCUGCUCACGUCUUCCAUCGCAUGCAGGGCGAUGAGAUUGCGCUGCACGAGGUUGGCCAUGGUCCUCUUGGUCGCACAGUCGAUCUCAUGUUGGGCGGCGGCAGAUGCCACUUCUUGCCUAAGGGGACCCCGGGCAGCUGCAGACAGGAUGAUAUCGAUGUUACCAAGCUUGCUCAGGAGAAGUAUGGGUGGAACUAUGUUGACAAUCGCGCCGGUUUCGAUUCCCUUGGCCUGGGCAAGAACGUCUCCUUGCCACAGCUGGGUCUGUUUGCGACCACGGAUGUUCCCUUCGAGAUCGACCGCCGCAACAUGGCGGAUGUGUAUCCCAGUCUGAGCGAGAUGGCUGCCACGGCUCUUGCGGCGCUCGAGGAGGCUACCAAGGAUACUGAGAAGGGCUUCUUCCUCAUGAUUGAGGGCAGCAGAAUUGACCAUGCCGGUCAUAUCAAUGACCCUGCGGCUCAGGUCCGUGAGGUGCUUGAGUACGACAAGACCUUCAAGUCUGUUCUCGACUUUAUCGAGAAGUCGGACACUGAGACCAUCUUGGUUGCCACAAGCGAUCAUGAGACCGGCGGUCUGUCCACUGCUUGGCAUGCACCCAGCGAACUCCCCGUCUACAACUGGCACCCCACCGUCCUGGCCCGCGCCAACGCCUCAUCCGAGUACCUCACCGUCCUCCUCCUCAAGCACAUCGCCGAAACCGGCGACAAGGAAGAGUCGCUCCUCCGCUGGAUCAACGACGAGCUCGUCGUCAAGCACCUCAACAUCAACGACGCCUCCGAGGUCGAACUCAACUCGAUCGCCAGCAACCCGGCCCUGGCCAUCCAGCUCUUUGCCCGCAUGGUCAGCGUCCGCGCCCGCGUCGGCUGGAGCACCCACGGCCACAGCGCCGUGGACGUGAACAUCUACAGCUCUGGCGGCCGCGGCACGGAGAAGAUUAGGGGUAACGUGGAGAACACGGAUGUGGGCAAGUUCUUGAGGGGGUGGCUCGAUUUGGAUAGCGAGGUGGAGGAUAUUACCAAGGAGCUGGCCAAGAAGUUGGGCAGCAAGGCUCCCUCGCAGAAGCAGUUGGAGAAGAUCGAGAAGGCAUCGACCGCUUUUGAGGCUGAUGGACUUGCUCAUGGCGGGUUUGAGUCGGGGCUUUAUGGUCAUUUGUUGUGAGAUGGUAGCCUGAAGUAUUAAGAGGGCGUUUCGAGGAGUUUCCUUUGUAGUGUACAUGGAUAUGAUGCAUACGAUCUUGAUACGAUAUGGGUGGAAGGAUGAGCGAUGCGAAGUGUUGCAUAGAGAUUGAACAUUGGCAUGAGCGACAACGGAGUUGCAUGGUACUUAUUGGCUGGUUGGCGUUUGUGUCAUAGUAGAGGUAUAGCGUUCAUGGUUUAAUGCUAGCGUUGUCGUUUGGAUAUCUGUCGUCAUGUCUGAGUCUUCGUGGCUUCUCAACAAACAGCCAUAGUCUUCUAUCACAAUGAAACAUGCGCAGGAUUCAUACAUAUUAACUGCCUGAACGACUAAUGCACGCACAUCGAGGGAGGGACCAUGAACAUCAUAUCCUUCACUGUUCCAGGAAGC